GGGAGGGAGCAAAAUAAAGGGUGAUAAAAAUGAUGGCGACCGAUGCAGAGGAGAUAAGACUCCAAACAGAGCAGUGCCCCGUCCCAGACCCUCUGUCCAUCAAAAUCACGCGGAAAAACCAGGACAGACAGUGGAAGUUGCGGUUUAUUUACCUGCAGUGCUAUUUCCUUACCAUUGCAACAAUACUGGGAACUGGAAUCUUAGGUCUUCCUGUUACAAUAGCCCAUGCUGGACUGUUGCCUUUUCUGGUAUCGUUUCUUGUUGGAUUCUUUGUCCAGGCCUUGCUCAUCUACCUGUUUGUGGAACUUCUUCAGAAAUGUCAGGUGGUGCAGAUGGAGGCUCUAAAGACUGGGGUUGCAGAGUGUAUUGUGAUGGAUUCUGUGAAUGUGGAGGAUGCACCAUGUACAGAGGAAGAUGAAGAGGAGGAGGAGGAGAAUGAGAAUGCAGAAGCAGAUACAGGUUUACUGCAGCCGGAUGGAGCAGCUUUGCAGAUCCAAGCGGAGAACCUGCAGCCAAACCUUCAUCUGCUCGGCCGCCUCUUCCUCUCUCGACCCAUGAGCCAUGCCUUCAACUGUAUACUUCUCUUCCAGUUCAUUUCUAUUGGAAUUAGUUAUGUCCUAGCUGGGAGUGAAGCUUAUGCAGCACUUUUUAAUGUCAGCCACAUCUACGUGAUCCCGGUCUUCACCUGGUUCCUUACACUUGCCAUCAUACUCGCCCACCCAGUCAUCCAACCAGUCACUUCACUGCUCACUCUGCUGAAAGGAAUCCUGCUUAUUGUCACGGUGGCUGUGACAUUUGCAGUGGGGUCAGAGGUCGGCCUUCACAGCAGCAGUGACUUCAGUCAGAUGGGCAAACCUUUCCUAAUGGGCACCGUGGCUCUGGGAGGGAUUGUAAAUGUGAUGCCACUGCUCUUCUCACAGAUCUCACACAACAAGACACAGAUCCUGUGGUUUCGUAGAGCUGUUCUCGGAGGCCUGACGACCUGCACUCUGCUCAACAUCCUGUGGUGUUGGGCGGUGCUGGAGAUCGUCCCACAGACUUCAUUACCUGAGAGGCACAUGAUGACCCCUGACCCCAGCAGCCCACCGGUCCCUCUGGCGUCUGCCUCCCCUCUGUUGUACAACAACAUCUCCCUGGAGCAAUCGGAGAAGGCAGGAGAGAUCGCAACCAUUCCACUGACUAAGAUCAUUACCGAGCGUUACAGCGUGUAUUCGUGGGUGGCCCGGCUCAUCCAGGUCUUCAUAGCCAUCAGUGUCACUGUGUCCUUCCUGGUGAUGGGAUCGGCCAUGAAGCACACGAUUGAUGGUCUGGUGAGUUCGGUGUGGAGCGGCAGACUGGACUUCCUGUCUAAAGCCUGGGAAAAACAUCUGCCCAACAAACAUGUCUGCUCAGCUCUGAGCGUGGCUAAAGGAUUCGUGUCACUGCUGGGGUUUGUUGUCAUCUUCAUCGUGGCGGCGUGCGAUCCCAGGGGUUUUGUCGUCAUGCUGGACAAAGUUGUGUCGUUCUCUCUCAACACUGAAGUGGGACUGUUUGUCUUCAUCAUGUUACGAGAAUCCAGAGAAGACCGGUUUCAAAACCUGUCCGUCCCUCUGCCGGUCGGUGACUUCGUCUUCAGCCUCAGCUGGCUCCUUCCCACCUACUUCCUGUUUGCGGUGGUGUACGACGUGCUGCAGACCGUGGCUGACGUCGCCCAUUACUUUCCUCACAGCGAGUGGCCGCACAACCACAGCCUGACCGACAGCUCAGCGGCGGUCAACAUGUCCGUCCUGCUCUGACCGGACCGCACGGGACCGGACCUGCAGCAGACGGGUCCCACACAGACCUGGACCAGUUCAAGUUGCCAAAUGAGACUCUUACAAGUGCUUUCAGUUUCUCUUCACACUCAUCGAGCUUCUCUUUUCAUUCGGGCGCUUGAGCGACGCACACCGCUCUGUGUUUGAGGUCGCUACUGAGCACGUGCGUUUGACCACGUGGACUGUGUCGCCUUAAAAACCCACCACGAGACGUUCACUUUCACUUUAAGAAUACUUUUUUAGGUUUUUUUAUUUGAGUCUGAAAGUAGUGAAUUAUUCAGAGGCCAACAAUUGUAUUGUUUGCUUGUUUUGACUUUACACUGGAAUGUCUGUACACUUUCUGAACUUAUAGACCCAUCAUAUAAAGAUGCAUCAUCGAUGAGUAUUAAACUCUUUUAACGCCUGCAACACAUAGAGCCUAAACCCCUGUACUGUAGGAAACCUGUCCAUAUAUAGACAAGUCCAGUUCAGUCCAGAUUGUUCUUAUUGAUGCACUAUGCAGAGAAUGCAAAAGACAUGAAUUCUAUUUUUAACUCGAUAUUAUCACUUCUAUUUCAGUGUCAUUUCUGUUGAGGCACUUUUUUUUUUUCUUAGAAGCACCUUGUAGCGCCACAUUAUGUAACAUGUCAUAAUGUAAUCGUUUUUCACCUCGUUAUGUAAUAACAUCGCAUUUUGUAAUAACUUAUUACAUAUUGUGUCUUCCAAAUUUCCACUAGUAAGUUUUUUGUCAGUAAUACU